UAUUGAGUUCAAGAUCGCUCAACAAACCCAGCCUCAAAAUGCCCCAAUGCCAACAACAAGAACCUGCUGCAGCAGCAGCAAAUAAAUCAAACAAGAAGGAUCCUCCUCUAAUCCAAUGCGCAGACCUAAUCCUGCCAUGGCUAACCCCACUUGAACUAGCCAACAUUUCUUCAACCUGCAAAACCCUUUCUCAAAUCUCUAAAUCCAUCACUCUCCAGCGAACCCUCGACGCCUCCAGAUUCUUAGAGAACCACCUUAUCCCAUUUCUCAACCCCAAUAACCAACACCCUUAUGCCUAUUUCCUCUACACCCCUUCUCAACUCCUUCCCUCCCAAUCCCCACUUCGCCAGCCUUGGGGCUCACAACUCGAUCGUGACUCUCUGGGUCGACACCAUAGUGGCUCAGCUUGCAAAUUGAAUGAGUCCUGGGAGGUUUUACGUGGGUGUGAUUCGGAAUUGGCGACUCCGCGCCGUGUUAUGGGUGAGUCAGGGAAGGGUGUGUGUGGGUGUGAUUGUGAAGGGUGCGAAGAGGGUGGGACAGGGUGGGAAUUUUGGGGGUUGGAGGAAAUGGGGAUAAUGACCGAGUGUGGACCGGGUUGUGGGUGUGGGUUGGAGUGUAGCAAUCGGUUGACUCAGAGAGGGGUUUUGGUGAAGUUGAAGAUCGUGAGAGAUGGCAAGAAGGCUUGGGGUUUGUUUGCUGGUCAAAUGAUUUGUCAAGGCCAGUUCAUCUGCGAGUAUGCUGGUGAACUUUUAACGACUGAAGAAGCAAGAAGGCGGCAACAAAUCUAUGAUGAGCUUGCAUCUAGUGGCCAAUUCUCUUCUGCUCUCUUGGUCGUGAGAGAGCAUCUUCCAUCAGGGAAAGCUUGCUUGAGGAUAAAUAUUGAUGCCACAAGAACUGGAAAUGUUGCGCGAUUCAUUAACCAUUCUUGUGAUGGCGGUAAUCUAACAACGGUACUAGUGAGACACACAGGAUCUUUGCUGCCUCGCCUUUGUUUCUUUGCUUCUAGAAACAUAAAAGAAGGUGAAGAGCUCACAUUUAGCUAUGGGGAAAUCAGGGUCAGGUCCAAGGGCUUGCAAUGUUUUUGUGGCAGCUCUUGUUGUUUUGGUACCUUGCCUUCAGAACACACUUAAAUCCGAGGAAGUGAUAACAAAAAUCUUUUUUGCAAGAAAAGGCCCGUGGUUCAUUUUUACCGAAUCAUUCCUCCAACAUAAUGUAUUCUCUUACUUUUGACUGUUGUGUUAUAAUAGUAAAACUAGUUUGCAUCUGUGUUCUCCUACAUGUUAUCCUGUCCAGUUUAUAGAAUUUUCGCUUUGCCUCUUGACCAAA